AUGCGCUUCAUCCUCUUCGCUAUUAUUGCCUUUCUUUUUUGGGGUUUGCAAGCCGCGUCGAGACCUGUCGCUCAGCUCGAAGCGCGAGAGGUCGCCGUGGACGACGCUCUCGACCUACUUACUCGUGAAGUGGUUGAAAGUAUACUCCUUAACCUGCGCCAUAAUGAUGAAUGGACCACUUCGCUGAUGGCUAGGGAGCUGCUCUACGACGACAUUACUAGUAUCGACGCGAGAGCGAACCCUAUCAGCAAGGCAAUCAAUGCCAUGAAGACUGCUGUGUCUGAUUGGAGAGACCGGAGAAGAAUCAGCGCACAGCAGGCUGAUCUCCGACAAAAGAUGAGCACAUGGAAUCGUCGUGGUGGAAGGCGGUGA